CCUCCGGGGUCCCUCGGGGCUCGGCCUCAGUCCCGUUGUCCCGUGAUCCCUUCGCAGACCUUUGGACACUUCCCCCCUGGAGCAUUCGCUCGUCACUGCCCCCAUCGGUGGGCAGCGUCUGCCCCUGCCCCGAGGAUGACUAAGGCACCAUGGGCCACACGCUGUGUAUCUGCUCCCGAGGGACCCUCACUAUCGACAACAAGAGAUAUCUCUUUAUACAGAAACUGGGAGAGGGUGGGUUCAGCUACGUGGACCUGGUGGAGGGACUGCAGGAUGGGCACUUUUAUGCCCUGAAGAGAAUCCUGUGCCAUGAGCAGCAGGACCAGGAAGAGGCCCAGCGAGAGGCUGACAUGCACCGACUCUUCCAGCACCCCAAUAUUCUUCACCUUGAAGCCUAUUGCUUGACAGAACGGGGCUCCAAGCAGGAGGCCUGGCUACUGCUGCCCUUCUUCAAGAAGGAUACACUGUGGAAUGAAGUGGAAGGGCUGAAAGACAAAGGCAAUUUCCUGUCUGAGGAUCAAAUCCUGCUGCUGCUGUUAGGCAUUUGCAGAGGCCUAGAGGCCAUUCAUGCCAAGGGUUAUGCUCACAGGGACCUGAAACCAACCAAUAUUUUACUUGGAGAUUAUGGGUGGCCAGCGUUAAUGGACUUGGGUUCCAUGAAUCAGGCACGAAUCCAAGUGGAAGGCUCCAGACAGGCACUAGCCCUGCAGGACUGGGCAGCCCAACGCUGUACCAUCUCAUAUCGUGCCCCUGAGCUCUUCUCUGUACAGAGCCACUGUGUCAUUGAUGAACGAACUGACAUUUGGUCCCUACGUUGUGUGCUGUAUGCUAUGAUGUUUGGGGAAGGCCCUUAUGACAUGGUGUUCCAGAAAGGGGACAGUGUGGCCUUGGCAGUACAGAACCAGCUCACCAUUCCCCAGAACCCAAGGCAUUCCCCAGCAUUACGGCAGCUAUUGGCCUCCAUGAUGACUGUGGACCUCCAGUGCCGGCCACAUACUUCCCUCCUCCUCAAUCAGUUGGAAAGUUUGCAGCCUACAGCUCCCGGCCAACAUACCACACACAUCUGAGCAUGCAGGUUGGAACAUAGAAUUUUCUAUAAGAGGAAAGUAUUUU